UGGAUCCAUACAAGCCACGCUCCGCUUUCUUUGCCUGUCGUGGGGAAGCGCUGAGCGGGGUCAGCUCGGGGCUGCAGCCUUCCACUGGCCUCCCUUCUCUCUCCUCGCCCGCCCUCCGCUAGGGGUGCGGGGGGAGGCUCCGGCAGGUGAUGCGCCCUCCCGCUUGACAGCCGCAUCUGCAGCCAAGGACGACAGCAGGUUGGCGGGGCCGGGGCGAGGCGGCCUCAUGCUGGCGCAGAUUCUCUCUCUGGGCGAGCAGCAGCAGUAGGCAGCGGCGGGGUUUCUCUGAGCCAUUUAAACCAAGGCUGGAGCCAGCCCCGGCAAUCGGCUCGCGAAGGGAGCAACGCUCCGCUGCGGGGACGGACUUUUACUCUUAAUCAAACCCCCGCUCCGAUUUCGGUGCAGCCGCCGCCGCCGCGGGCUGCUCGCCCAGCUCCUCCAAGGCACCGAAGAGGAAGCCGCGUCCCUGCGCCCCCUUUGCAGCCCGGCCCGGCGGGGGCAUGGAGAGCAAGCGCUGCUUCGCCAACCGCUUCGAUGACUACGCGGGCAGCCUGCCGGCCGGGCAGCGCCACGAGGCGGUGGUGCCCUGGGUCGCCUCCACCAUCGAGCGCAUCCUGCAGCAGGUGCCCCCGCUGGAGGGCGGCGCGGCGGCGGCGGGGGGCGGCCUGUACGGCGGGCUGGCCGGGGUGGCCUACAUGCUGUACCACGCCGCGCGCUGCCCGCUCCUGGCCCCGGCCCGGGACACCUACCUGCGGGCGGCCCGGCGCCUCAUCGACGCCUGCGUGCGCUCCGAGGAGGAGUGGGGCGAGCCGGACGCCGACACGCGGGCCGCCUUCCUGCUCGGCGGGGCCGGGGUCUACGCGGUGGCCGCGCUCGUCUACCAAGCCCUGGGGCUGCCCGACUUCGGCCGGCUGCUGGGCCGGUUCCGGGAGCUGAGCCAGAUCUGCGCCCCCGUCACCUUCCUGGAGUGCGGCUCCGACGAGCUCUUCGUGGGCCGGGCCGGCUACCUGUGCGCCGCCCUGGUGCUCAAGCAGAAGCUGGGCAUGGAGAUGUUGACCCCAGUACAGAUCAGAUCAAUUUGCCAGGCUAUAUUAGAAUCUGGGAAGCAGUAUGCUGUGAAGAAGAGGAAACCAUGCCCACUCAUGUACUCUUAUUAUGGAACAGAAUACCUUGGUGCAGCCCAUGGCCUUUCAUCCAUCCUUCAGAUGCUGCUGUCCUAUUACGAGUACCUUCAGCCUGCAGAUCAGGAGCUUGUAUGGCAGAGCAUUGACUUUCUUAUGGACCAAGAACAGAACAGCAACUGGCCUCCUGAACUGGGAGAGACAAUUGAGCGGGAGAAUGAGCUUGUGCACUGGUGUCAUGGAGCUCCAGGUAUUGCAUACCUGUUUGCUAAAGCUUUUCUGAUUUCCAAGAAGCCCCAGUAUCUAGACACUUGUAUCCGCUGUGGGGAACUGACAUGGCAGAAGGGCCUGCUGAAGAAGGGACCUGGAAUUUGCCAUGGAGUGGCUGGUAGUGCCUAUGUGUUCCUACUCCUAUAUAGGCUUACUGGGAACUCUAAAUACAUCUAUAGAGCACAAAGGUUUGCAGAGUUCUUAUUUACAGAAGAAUUUAAGGCUGGUUCCCGGGCAUUAGAAAACAUAUAUAGUCUGUAUGAAGGCUUCUCGGGGACUGUGUGUUUCCUGAUUGACUUGCUGCAGCCCAACCAGGCCGAGUUCCCGCUCUUCAGUGUCUUUGUCUAGAGAAGGGUGUUCUCCAGUGCCACAUUGGAACAGCCAUGCACAGGGCACCUGCAGUUUCACUUAUCUGUAAAGGGAGGCUAUUUACAAAAUAAGCCACAUUCAGUGGUACCACUAAUGCUAGCCUUAAUUUUGCUGGGGGGUCAGGAAAAAGCCUAAAUAUACUGGGGUUUGAGGAGGGAAGUAUGUGGCUUUUUUAAAAAUUAACAGUUUAAAAAUAAAAGGGGAGAAUGAAGUGGUUUUUCAAAAUUGAAGUAAUGUCUUCUGAUUAUUCAAAUGAGAGCGAAAGAGGCAUUAACAAUCCUUAACGUGAUGGUUAUAUAGAAAAACAAAAUGGAAAUCUGAACAGUAGGGACAUGCAAGGGAAAUAAAAUGAUUAAUCCAAUGGGUUUUAAAAGAGACCCAUAAAAUAGGACAUUAUACAUCUAUGCUCUUGUAGGUGACACAGACAGGUCAAUAAAGUAUGAAAAGGCAAAAUCUGAGAUUUCUUAAUUAAACAUUUCCUAGUACUAGUACCACCUUCCCUAGAAGUACCUGUAUCUUGGAAUCUUUUCAUUGCCAUAUGCAUAUAAUAGCAGUUACACAGCUACAUUCUGUCUUUAAUUGCACAUGUACCAGUGGGGUUUCAUGUAUGUAUUCAUAAAUUUGACCAUGAGUUUCAAAACUGCGUGUGUGCUAAGAAACACUAAUCCCUAUCACCACCUUAAGGUAGUAGUAAUACUCCAUCUUUUUAUCAAUAUCUCUUCUUUCAUGAAGAAGAUCAACAGAAGCCAUGUAGAAGACUUGGAUCACUAAAUUCUGUAGCAAAGGUCUUAGAGAAACAAGGUGGGUGAGGUAAUGUUUUUUAUUAGACCAACUUCAGGUCAGACUUGAAGAAGAGCUCUGUGUAAGCUCAAAAACUUGUCUCUCACCAACAGAACUUGGUCCAAUAAAAGAUAUUAUCUCAUCCACCUCAUCUCUCUAAUAUCCUGGGGCCAACAUGGCUACAACAACCUGCAAAUAGAAAGGGUAUAGAAGUCAAGUGCUAGUCUCACAGUAUCAGAUACUAGGUAAUAUUUCUUAUUGCCAGUCAUCAAAAAAACUGCCUUUAAUCCAUUAUUUGAACUGUAGCAUAUAUAUGGAGAUUGACAAAGUGAUUGACAAAAUAAUUUCCUGAUGAAUUGGGGUGAUACACUUUAGAGAUACAAAUUGUAUGCAGACCUUUGAUGGAACCCCAAAUACUGGGCUUAGGAGAAGGCUGAUAAAAAGUUUAAAACUAAAGCCACUUAUUUCUCUGGUUAACAAAGUAAUGUUGUUAAUGUACCACACAAGGUAUUGUAUAUGCCCAAAUGAUUUGUAGCUAUUGAGAUCUAUGGUCAGUCCAGUAACACUGCACUAGCAUGGAUAAGUAGAAAUUGUAUUUUAUUUAGUAGAGAGAGAGAGAGAGAGAGACUCUAUUUGAGACCUAAACAAAAUGCAAAUAUAGAUUUGUUAAAAUACUGUAGCAGCAAAUGCCUGUAUUUACAAUAUAUCACACCAAUAUAUUUCUUUAUACUGGAAUACAGUAAUAUGAUUGAAUUUAAGGGGAGAGUGGGAAGGCUGAUAGGUCAAAAAUUACACCCAAUGGCUUCACGUGUACAAACUGACACGUGCAUAACCCUAUCCCAGUACUCUGCUGAUCUGCCAUUCCCCUUGCGUUUUUACCUGGAAAAGAUUCAGCUUUUCUUAGGGCCUGAUCCUUUAAGGAUUCCCAUUGACUUCCAUGGCUUUGGAUCAGGCUAUAGAAUGGAGUCAGACGCUGCAGCCCUUAUAUAUGUUAUUAAUCCUUACUCACUCCCACAAGCCCCUUUCACAUGAAUUUAUUUAAUGGGAUGACUUGGAUGAGUAAGGGCUGAAGAAUCAGACCCCUGUUGUAUGGUGGUGUGGUGCAGUGUUAAGUAGUUAUUUCACCCCAGAAGUAGCUGCAUUUUGAGUAAUGCAUUUCAGUGAUGUAUAAAGAAAUCUAUUUUUGUAUCAGUCUGUCAAGCACUUUGGGAUCCUUGGAGGAAAGGGAAUGUCAGAAUGUACAGUACUAUCAAAAUGCAAAGUGUAUCAUUACUUGCUUCAUUGUUGUGUGCAGAGGCAAUACAUUUCACAUGUAUGUACCUAUUGUGCUGAAACCUGAAAUCAGUGGGAGAACAAGGAUAAGUAAUAUGAAUGGGAUUUGUCUCAACAUGUUCAGAUGUGUGCCCAAGAUUAGAGGUCAGCCCAACAUCCCAGAUCUGUUGCUAGUCGAUCACUCAGCUGAGAAGUUGGGAUCUUUUUCUAGGUUGCACCCCGUGUUUUGAAUGGCUAACAGAUUUUUCAGAAUUUGGACCUUUUUAAAUGUGUUUAGGAAAGGUGAAAUUUUUGACCUGUCUGUUUUAUCCUUGUAACCUGAUAUUUAGGGCCCUACCAAAUUCACAGUCCACUUUGGUCAAUUUCAUGGUCAGAGGAUUUUAAAAAUCAUAAAUUUCAUGAUUUCAGCUAUUUAAAACUGAAAUUCCACUGUGUUGUAAUUGUAGGUAUCCUGACCC